AUGGCGGAUUAUCAUGGUUGACAUUUCUGCGACAGGAGCUUCAAGAACUGUUGUUCGAAAAGGAACCGGUUUAGAAACGCCUAAUUAUGGUUCUUCUUGUCAAGGUAACGAUCUUCUUUUCUCCUGGAUUUUUUUUGGCCUCAGCGUACCGAUAUAAUAUGAGCUAGUAGACCUACACUCUGCAUGUACUGGUUUUGCAGUGAAACUGAAAGUUUUUCGUCAAGAUGAAAGCGUAAUUCAAGAGUGCGAGAAGAAGAUAAUAAUCGGUGAAGGUGAGUAUCACUUCUUUUACUUUUAUUACUGGACAUCUUGUCCAUGUCAAUAAACCGGGAUUUAAGCCUAGCUCUACAUCUUAUUAAGUUACUGAAGAUAAUUAAAUCAUCUGUAAGACUUCAAUCUUUCUUUGGCCAACCCCAGUGAUGCCAACUCUCCCGCUAUUGGCGGGAGACUUACGCUUUUUUGCCUCGUCUCCCGCUCGCCCGCUUUGGUACAUAAAUCUCCCGCUUUUUACGUCCACUAUAAAUAUGGAAUACUUAGUAAAAAAUAAAACAGACUUAGUUUGAGAUUUAGCCCAUUUUUAGCUCAAAACUUGAAUUUUUCUUAUUCGCAGGACGGUUUCUGGGGCUUUUUUGCACGUAUUUAGUCAUUAACAAAGAUUAUUUCUAGCAUCAAAACGAUGCUUUCGAAUUUUGAUAGUAUAUUGAUCAUGUAUUAAAGACGUCACAUAGUGUCCUAAGUCAUUCCCAUUGAGGGCUGGGUCAGUUUUUCGGAGAAGGGGGGAGGCGGGGGUGGGGGGGGGGGGGGGGAAAAAAAGAGUCUCCCGACUUUGGGUCUCCAGGGGUUUGCAUCUCUUCAACCCCAAAGUGCUGAUUUUGAAUUUUGAUUUGAGGAUGGGGGUCAGGGGUACGCCUUAGAUCUACAGCACUGUAGGUAUUAGUUGUUAUACAGUGAAUAGGGAGUAUCUCGGAUAAUAGCACUUGGGAGUAAAAGUGUUAAAAUAGAAACCUGUCAUUAUUUGUGUGGGGGCGGGAGGGGGGUGGGGGUGGGGGGGAGGGCUGGUUGUUACUGCAUAAGGAGUAUAGAGGCAUGGCAGAGGUGCCAACCUCCAGAGAUCUAUCUAAAAUCUGUUGACUCUCUUUUUUUGUACAAGUUAUGACAAGACUAUGGUAUCUAUCAUGAACAAAAUCCUGCGCUGUGGUACAUGUCGCCAUUCAUUUGAAACCCGUCUGAUAGAACUUAAAUUGUAUAGUGCAAUUAUUAUAAAUUUGAAUGGUUUAGUGAAUUUUAUACUUUGGAUUUAAUAUCAGAUUAUGACUAGUCACCUACAAAAGUAUUGUGAAUACCCUACCCUGCAAGCAAGGUCUCUUCACUCUUGGCAUAGGGCGGUGGCGAAAAAGGGACUGUAAACUAAAUAAUCACUUACUAAAGAGUUUAAAAUUCCUGGUUUUAUAGGGGACAGUGAAGUGUCAGAGUCCUUGGAUAGAUGCUUAGAAUGUAUGCAUACCAGUGAAGUUUGUGUUAUACCAUACACCAGUGAUAGCACCGACAAAGAGAAAAGUGUUUCUUCUGAGAGUGGUCUACAAUGUGAAAUUGAGCUUCUUUCUUUCUAUAAGGUAUGUGACCUGCAAAUGCCAAUAAUCAACUGUCUCUUACUUACAUGUAUAUAUCAUCAUUAGUAUAAAAAGUAAAAACUGAGCAUCAUUUCACAUAAUCUGCCCAGUUGUUGUCUUUAAUUGAUCUAUAGCACCAUCAUACGACAUCAUAUAUGUCGCAGUACUGUAUUUUACAUGUUUUUCAAGCCCUGGGACCACUGUAAUUAGCUUAAGGCUGAAAGUCAUGACCCCUACCAAAUUAUGUGUUUUUUAAUUCUUUAUUUUGCGUAAUACAUCUAUUAUCCUUCUUUUUUUGUGAAUCAUGUAUAAGGCAAAGCUGAUAAAAUAAGUAAAAUAGGUAAAUAUGUAUUUCCGAAAAUUAUUGGAGUGUUCAAAACAUCUUAUAUUUGAUUGGAUGAAAUUCAUUAUGUCUCCUUAGGUAACUUAUGAUGUGACUGUAUGUACCAAUCUUACAUAAGUUUUCCCUUUGAAUCUGUUACAGGCAAAGGAGCCUUGGGAAACUUCCCCAGAGGAAAAAGUGACAUUGGCCAAACACCAUAAAACCAAAGGAACAGAUUGUUUUAAGGUCAACUGAACAAUAAGCAGAGGGUUCAUUAGGCAUCGGAGAUUGGAGAAUUCUCUGUUUAUAAGGCUUAAUUCUCCGGCGAAUGUUUGAUAGUCUAUGAUUAUAUUAUAUUCAGACGUGGAUCCUCUUUUAAAAUACUCUCCUGUAACAUUACCUUUCUCUAGUCUGCUACACAGCCGUUAUUAGUGUCGUCACGCCACGCUCCUCCUAGUAGGGAGGAGCAUUGCGUGACGACACUUCUCCUGCUACUAGAAUUCUUAAUGAAAACCCUGAAUAAGUGUCAGUAGUAGUUAGUUGCUUGUAGUUUAACACAUUUUAUAAAUUCUCCUUAUUACGGUGCAGUAAAUGAUUAAUCUUAUCAUGUCAAAAAUCCAUAACCCACAUUUAUGUCGAUGUAGGGGUACCAAGGGGUGAAUGGUGAACCCAAGACUUGCUCAGACACUCAAACAAAGACCUUACAAGAAAUUAACCUUACAAAAAGGAAACUAAAUUCAAAGAAAAAGCAAACAAGCAAUAAAUAAAAAACAAAGUCACACAAAAACAAACCAAAAACAACAACAACAACUCAUCAUUACAUAUAUAGCAUUUUUUUCUGAGAUUUCAAGAGUGGGUGAAAAGUUUCUGAGUCCCACAUUUUCUGUUAGGUGUGGCUGUAUUCAGGUUGGAAAAGGCAUUCAAGUCCUACAUGUGUAUUAAUACCAAACCCACCCUUUUUUCUGAUACAUGUAAAUAUAAGUAGCUGUUGUUCUGCAUGUGUCAGGGUUUUGCUGAUCUCAUGUUAUAUAGUCCUGAAUAGUUGUCCAUUUAUUUUUUUAUAUAUACAGUACCCGUAAUCAUUGUGUGCACCUGUUGGGAUGGAUGUUGACACUAAAAUUUUUGCUAUUUGAUUUGUUUUUUUUGUCUAUAAAGAUCCUCUACUAGGGAAAUACGUAAAGUGUAACUAUAUAUGUAAAUUUUAUGUAAUUUUAGUCCACUGGCCUUGUGCCUCCCCUUUUUUGUUGAACUGCAUGCAUAAUUAGUAAAAAGGGAACAAAAAGGGUUUGAGAGGUUUGAGAUAAUAUUAUUACCUGAGCCAAGUUUUCAAGUGCUUGAUUUUUUCCUCUUCAACAUAUUUUUUAGGCAAGUAAGUGGCUGUGUGCAGCCAGACGCUACAGCCAAGCCCUGAAGCAACUGAUCUUAAUUGGUGAUCAGUUACCAGAGAAUUGCAGAGAAGAGUAUGACCAGCUUAGAGUUUCAUGCCUUCUAAAUUUAUCAGCAUGUCAAGGAAAAAUGGGACAGUAUGAAUUUGUUGCACAAAACUGCACAAAGGUUAGAGUUAAUAAACAUAGUGUCUUUUAGAGUGUUUAUAUGAGAAUGAUUUUUUAUGUUAAUAGCUCUAGGCAGUAGAAAUGCAAUAGUAGGCCACUUCUGAGUUCCAAAAACUCUCAGUUUCAAAAUGAGGCUAGGUGCACAACCUUUCUUGUGAAAAUGAGUUGAAAACGGGAAAUUGAUGAGUGCAUUUAAUUUUAUGCAAGAAAAGGCAAAAACAAAAACAAAAACUCUCACGCUUUACUUGCCCAGAGUAACUAAUUGCUUGUCUUUAUAGAUAAUGAUUUAGUUGGAAGACGAUCUGCCUCGACUCUAUGCCCAUUUGACAAGUGAGCUUAAACAGUUUCUUUUCCAGUAAGAAAACCUAUUUGUGCUGGACGAUAAGAUGGGACUGUUUCGAGCCCUCUUUUUAGCAUAAUAUAUCAUAAUUUUUAAGCCUUUACAAUGUCAUUAAUUUAUUAUAAUAGAGGUAUGAUGAUGAUCUCAGUGAAUAUUUAGGAAGAAGCAUCGGUAUAUCUCUCACAUUACUUCUAUUUUUUUUUUGUCACCCUUUAGGUUCUUGCAAUGCUGCCAACAAACAUCAAAGCAUUGUUCAGGAGAGGACAGGUAAAAUGGUAAAAAUGUAUCAGGUAUAAGUACAGAGUUUGAAGAAAAAUUACUAUAAAUGCAGAGUGUGAUCCGCCGGUAAUUAUGCCACAAAGAUGUUUAACUUUAAUAAACAUAGGAGUUCAUACCAUGUAAUUCAUUAAUAUUUAAUAAUUAUAUUAUGUUUAAUGAUUCAAUUUUGUUCAUGAUACUUUACAGGCCUUUGUGGUGUUAAAUGAAUUUGAGAAGGCAAGGGAAGACUUAGAAAAGGUAAACACUAGGGCCAUUUAUACGAGGAAAAAUAAGACGCGUCUUAAAUAAGACGCGAACUUGCCGUAUAAACGGCACAUUUCGUCUAAAAUAAGACGCGGCUUAGCUAAGACGCGUCUUAUUAGAUAAGACAUGCUCGUAUAAAUGGUACAGUUCGCGUCUUAUUUUUCCUCGUAUAUUAAAAUGGCCCUAUUGAUGGCAUCAUAGAUGUUUCAUUCUGAGAGUUUCCUGUUCCCACUGAUCUAUCGUGAGGUUUGUCCGUUUCAAAUUUGGUAUCCGACAGAAAGGAAAGUUUGAUAGAUCAUACUAUCGUUAAAAAACAAAUUCAUUUAGAUCGAUCGACCAAUCAAUCAAUCAAUCAAUCAAUCGAUUAUUGAAGGUUAUGUGCCCGAACCCCUCAAACAGUCGGACGUUGUCCCGGUGCCAUAGUGUUCUCCGUCAAAAUCCGUCGAACAGCUAGAUCAGGCCUAGGAUCUACGUCCAAUUUCGCUUACGCUUUUGAAUCAAGUCUGCGAUAAACUUGAUGUUUACCGAUUUGCACCUGCGGGAAAAUCGACCACCCACGCUCUUGUUUAUUUUCUCCACACCUUCCUUCAGUCCCUUGAUCAAGGCAAUACGUACGUUCGUGUAUUCUUUGCUGAUUUCAGCAAAGGAUUCUACUUGGUGGACCACAACAUGCUAGUUCGAGAGUUGCAGCUCCUAGGCAUACACGAAGCUAUCAUUCGCUGGAUCAGAUCUUUUGACAGGUCGAGUGCAGCGAGUAAGACCGUGGAGGGAUCCCACAAGGAACGAAAUUAGCUCCGUUUCUUUUUGCGAUCGUAGUUACUAAUUUGUGUAGAGAUUGGCGUAAUAGGUUAAAAUUAAUAUGUUGAUGAUACUUCAGUUUAGGUUCGCACCAAGUUAUUUGCCUGUCAUUGCUGCAGAUAUCAACACAUAUACCCUUCAGAACGCGACAUGAAGCUUAAUGAAAAGAAGUGUACAAAAAAAGAAAAAAAAAGGUUAUCAGGUUUAUGUUCGCUGAUUGCCAUGGGCAUGGCAGGCCUAUAGCUACACUUAUAUGUAAAGGCAGGCGAGUUACUGCCUGUCAGAAGUUCAGGAUAAAUGCACGGCAACAACCUCCCUUCGUGUUAUCCCCUCCCUCACGUAUCGUUUAUAGUGCUAAUACUUUCUUCGUUCCCGCAAUCCAAGACCCUUACUCGGAUGGACUAUAAUAGACUAAAUGAUUUUGUUAAUGUCAAAUAUCAACAUAUUGUGUAACUGUGCAUGCUUAUUGUUUGCCUACCCAGCAAUUCAGUCAAUCCUGCAAUUGGGUAAAAUAAACAAGCAUCUAUCUAUCUGUCAAUCUAUCUAUUUGGUCACUGAUCCAACGAGAAAUGUUUUAAUGCAAGGGGGUUUAAAUGGAAUCAUAUGCCAUGUCUUUAAACUUUGGUAGUUUCUNCAAUCAAUCAAUCAAUCAAUCAAUCGAUUAUUGAAGGUUAUGUGCCCGAACCCCUCAAACAGUCGGACGUUGUCCCGGUGCCAUAGUGUUCUCCGUCAAAAUCCGUCGAACAGCUAGAUCAGGCCUAGGAUCUACGUCCAAUUUCGCUUACGCUUUUGAAUCAAGUCUGCGAUAAACUUGAUGUUUACCGAUUUGCACCUGCGGGAAAAUCGACCACCCACGCUCUUGUUUAUUUUCUCCACACCUUCCUUCAGUCCCUUGAUCAAGGCAAUACGUACGUUCGUGUAUUCUUUGCUGAUUUCAGCAAAGGAUUCUACUUGGUGGACCACAACAUGCUAGUUCGAGAGUUGCAGCUCCUAGGCAUACACGAAGCUAUCAUUCGCUGGAUCAGAUCUUUUGACAGGUCGAGUGCAGCGAGUAAGACCGUGGAGGGAUCCCACAAGGAACGAAAUUAGCUCCGUUUCUUUUUGCGAUCGUAGUUACUAAUUUGUGUAGAGAUUGGCGUAAUAGGUUAAAAUUAAUAUGUUGAUGAUACUUCAGUUUAGGUUCGCACCAAGUUAUUUGCCUGUCAUUGCUGCAGAUAUCAACACAUAUACCCUUCAGAACGCGACAUGAAGCUUAAUGAAAAGAAGUGUACAAAAAAAGAAAAAAAAAGGUUAUCAGGUUUAUGUUCGCUGAUUGCCAUGGGCAUGGCAGGCCUAUAGCUACACUUAUAUGUAAAGGCAGGCGAGUUACUGCCUGUCAGAAGUUCAGGAUAAAUGCACGGCAACAACCUCCCUUCGUGUUAUCCCCUCCCUCACGUAUCGUUUAUAGUGCUAAUACUUUCUUCGUUCCCGCAAUCCAAGACCCUUACUCGGAUGGACUAUAAUAGACUAAAUGAUUUUGUUAAUGUCAAAUAUCAACAUAUUGUGUAACUGUGCAUGCUUAUUGUUUGCCUACCCAGCAAUUCAGUCAAUCCUGCAAUUGGGUAAAAUAAACAAGCAUCUAUCUAUCUGUCAAUCUAUCUAUUUGGUCACUGAUCCAACGAGAAAUGUUUUAAUGCAAGGGGGUUUAAAUGGAAUCAUAUGCCAUGUCUUUAAACUUUGGUAGUUUCUGUUAAUCAGAGACCGGGCCUGACGCCCUUUCUAAUCUUAGAAGGUCAGUUACUGAGGUAUUGAGUUAUACGUGUAUUUCUUUAACUUUUUUUUCCUGGUUUGAUUGAUUUUAGGCUUUGACACUUGACCCUCAAAAUAAAGCAGUUCAAGAACAGCUCAGAGUUCUAAAACAAAAAGCGCGACUCCACGAUCAAAAGAUGUCAAGAGCCUUGGGCGUCAUGUUUGGACGCAAAGUUUAAGUAUUUUCGAUCCAGACACCUGAAUGCCUUUAUGCUGUGGUCAUUCUUACUGGAAGAAACCAGUUUCCAAAACGGUGUAAUGUUUGUCCGAAGGCUGAAAUAAAAAAUACAAUGAGUUGAAAUUAACCUCGCACCCACUGGCUACGAUUCAGCCGUCGCCGUUUUGGUGCAGUAUUUCCAAGGAGGUUUUAUUCAGCGUGUGUGACACUAACUCGCACAGAGAUGAAGGAAGCUUAGAAUCCAUGUAAUUACUUCUUAAUUCUAGUAUUAUACCGUAUAAAUCACUUUCUUUUUUUGUAUUUAGCGGCAGUUUGCUGUUCUGAAACAAUAAAAAAGAAAAGGAAAAUAUUAAAUAGC